CAGAUAGUUUAAUUAUAAAAAUUGGGUCGAGGUGUUACACCCAUGGCCAAAGACAUCAGUAGGGAGUUGGCCAUGACUAGAUUGCUUGUCAUCCAUAUCUUAGAAUAGUUUUUUGCAUUACUCAAAAUAGGAUGUGAUUAUCCACAAAGCUGACUCAAUGCGUGUUUUUGGCAACGAAACAACCAAAGCAUUAGGAAUUUGGUCACAUGGCUAAAAUGAAGAUAAAGAUUGACCAUUCAAUACUCUUACAGAAACAAGUUAUUUUAAGGUAAAGUUUGUUUGAAAAAAUUAGCUCUAGGAUAAUGAAAAUUUGCAGUUAAGGAGUCCAAGCCUGGUCUAUUUUCAGUUGAGGACUUAUUAUUUACCUAUAAAUCUGACCGAGGCCUUUCAAAGGUAUUUGUCUUUGCUUUGUUUGCCUUGUUCUGAGUUUAUAAGUGGGAACAAGAUGAUUUCUGUUGAGAACCAGGCACCUGUGUCAGAGAAUGCAAUACCAAAAGAUGCAUCAGAUGGAUUUGUUGUGCCAGAAUCCAAUGCCUUUGGCCAAUCAUUCAGGGAUUAUGAAUCAACUGUGAGGCUAAGCAUUGUGGAGAAUACCUAUCGGUUGAAUCAUAUUAACCAAACAUAUGAUUUUGUAAAGAAGACAAGGGAAGAGUAUGCAAAGUUGAACAAAGCAGAGAUGUCCAUAUGGGAAGCCAUUGAACUCCUUGACAGUUUUGUGGAUGAAAGUGACCCUGACCUGGAGGAACCUCAGAUUCAGCAUUUGCUGCAGUCGGCAGAAGCCAUAAGAAAAGAUUAUCCUAAUGAAGAUUGGAUGCACUUGACUGCCCUUAUUCAUGAUGUUGGAAAGGUUCUUUACCAUUCUAAAUUUGGAUCGCUUCCCCAGUGGGCUGUUGUAGGAGAUACGCAUCCUGUUGGUUGUGCCUUUGACGAAUCGAUUGUUUAUCACAAGUAUUUCAAGGAAAAUCCAGAUUACAACAAUCCUGCCUACAACACUAAACUUGGAGUCUACUCUGAAGGAUGUGGACUGGAAAAUGUGCUGAUGUCAUGGGGGCAUGACGAUUACAUGUACAUGGUGGCCAAGGCAAAUGGAACUACUCUACCAUCAGCUGCAUUAUUUACCAUCCGAUAUCACUCAUUUUACCCAAUGCAUACGGAAGGAGCAUAUAAAUACCUAAUGAAUGAGGAGGACAGAGAGAAUCUGAAGUGGGUUCUAACAUUCAACAAAUAUGAUCUCUAUAGUAAGAGCAACGUUCAUAUUGACGUUGAAAAAGUUAAACCGUACUAUGAAUCCCUCAUAAAAAAGUACUUCCCAAAAAAGCUCAGAUGGUAAUCCUUGAGGUUGGAAGGCAUACUGCAUUAAGGGAAAGGAUCCGACUUUAGGCUGCCUGCCAUACUUUUAGUUGUACUUGCUUUCAAUUGGCAAUGUUAAUUUUAUUUAUAUAUGUACUACAAAUUUCUGUAAUUAGUACUAAGAAAUUUGUAAAAUAUUAAUAAUGCAGUCCCACAUUAGCAAGAAAUAAGUUUUAAUCCUUUCUUUCACUACUGC